UCUCCAGUUAAUACAAUACAGAAGCUAACAAGAAAACAUGUUUUGUUCUCUCAGUAUUAUUAUUGUUCUGUUAGAAAUAUAACUACUUACGUAUUGCUUGUGUAUUUAUAUUGCGUGUAUUUUUACUAAACAGUAAUUAGGCCCCUCAUCAAAUAUUAUAAUUUUUUUAUAUCCUCAUAAUUAAGUAAGUAUAGCCAAGAAAAACACAUGACGUCAUUUUGUCAUUUGGUGUACGUGCUUUGGAGUAUCCUGUUUUGCGUAUACAAAUCAAACUGUUAUCUCAGGAGGCAGAAUGGAGAAAUGGCAGAGAAAAUCAAGUUUUACGAUGAAAAAGGAAAUCUUCACUACAUUGACUUAAAUACUCCGCUCGAUUCCGUAUUAGAUUUAUAUUUCAACCACCAGCACUUCUCCGGUAGCACUCGCUUUUGGCUCUACACAAGGGACAAUGUGAACGACCACGAAGAAAUAUACGCACGUUUCUCAAUAAAUGCUUUAUUUAAAGUGAAGUCAAGCAGUUUGUAUAGACCAGACAGACCGUUGGUCAUGGUAACACAUGGGUGGAUGAGUAGCGGUAACAGCAACGCCACACAGCUGAUUAAAGACGCUUAUCUGAACAUGGAAGACGUGAAUGUAGUAGUUGUAGACUGGCAAAGAGAUGCAGCGAAUGAGAAUUACCUGUCUUCUGCGUCUUUGACAAUGUUGGUUGCUGAAAAGGUCAAGGACAUGGUCUUGUCACUGGCCUUCCAGUAUCAACUUGAAAGCAGAGACGUGCAUUUAAUUGGACACAGCUUGGGUGCACACGUCAUGGGGCUGGCUGGCGAAAAACUUAAAGAUGACAAGUUUAUCGUGGCACGUGUGACGGGUUUAGAUCCAGCUGGGCCAUUCUUCGAGUUACCAAGCUAUCUGCCGGGUAUCACCAGCGAAGCAGCCUCUUUCGUGGACAUCAUUCACACUGACUGCGAGGCUCUGGGUUACGUCUCCGACAUUGGUCAUGCAGACUUCUACCCCAAUGGCGGCAACUGGCAGCCACACUGCUGCGAUACUCAAGACACAUUGAGCUGUGAACACACGUGCGCCUACGUUUACUUUGCUGAGUCUAUAAAUAACGGCAGUGAAUACACGUCCGUCAAAUGUGAUUCCUAUAUUUCGUACGAAAUGGGUUCGUGUGGCAAUAAUGAAAAACAGUACAUGGGACAAUCCAGUUUGUCGACGGCUCGAGGCGCCUUCUAUCUCGAUAUUAAUUAAUUAUUAUAAACAACUAUUGUUAGAAAUCUUUAUGAAUUGAUAUUGUAUUUUGUCUAUUAUAUAAAUAUAUUGUAGUAUCUAUCCAUUUAACAAGUGUAAAUUAAAAAUUUAUAACACUCCCGACAA